AUGCGCGCCUCGUGCUCUGACUGGACAUCAACCAGCAGAGCUACUCCGGAUGACGGAGAUAGCACCUCGUCGCCUCAAGACAGUCCCGAGGAUGUGUGGGCGUUUACGAAGUGGACACCGCACGUUUCCCCGUGUCUUGUAGCGGGGCUGCCUAUAGAGGAGCUAGACGCGCACCUGAACUUCCGCCGCGGGUGGACCCUGGGCUUCGUGGACGACGUGGAGGACAAGACGCAGAUCCUACCGUUUCUACGAGCCAACAUGGAUCCCGCCUUGCACACUAGGAAGAGGAGGGUGUUGGUAGACCUGGGAGCCAAUAAGUUUGAGACAAGUGUCGCCUGGUUCCUUCGAAUGUACCCCCUCGAUUUCACCGAGAUUCAUGCGGUGGAAGUGGAGACCGGCCUGUUCCAGAAGCCAUCUACACCACCGCUUGAGGUACCGGCCUAUGAGAUCAACUCGCAAUCUCGCCUGCGUCCGUUUCGCAGCGGCCCUGCAGGUUUCCCUGCAUGGCUGAUGGACCGCGUCCACCCCCACAACUUGUUCAUCUCCUCCCAGGACAACCUAGACAACCCAGAAGAGCACGUGGUGAACGUGACCCGAUGGUUACUAGAAGAGCUGCAGUUGACAGAGGAGGACUCGGUGAUUAUAAAGAUGGACAUAGAGGGGGCGGAGUGGGCGGUGCUGUGUGAGUGGCUGGCCAUCCCGCGCAUGCCCGCCAUUGUGGACGAGCUCUUUGUGGAGGUGCACUACCACCACCCCUCCAUGGAGGGUUUCACGUGGACGGAUAGGUUCAACCACACGCGUGACGACACCACACAGUUAUUGACGGACUUGAGAAGAGCCGGGUUCUACGUGCAUCCAUGGCCGUAG